CUUGGAAGUUUAAGCAUUUUAAGAAAAAACAGUGACAUCGACUAAUAACUUAAGGUAUAAUUUGCAUCGACUUGAAGGGACAUAAUAAAAUGUUAACAUCCAUAAAUACUGACAAUAUUUAUAACUCUUGGCCCUGCUCAAAACUGUGUCAUUACCACUUACAAAAUGAGAAGAAUGCACAUUUUGGCUUUACCAAAUAAUCUGUGAUUUUGGCAGGCUUAUAUGAUUAAGAAAAAAAAAUUAUGAUUAAUGCUUCAAAAACUGAAUAAUCAGACGACUCCCUGUUCCUUUUCUUCAGGUCUUAUACGAGUAACACUGCAAUUUUCAUGGUUUUUCACAAUUUAGUUAUGUGGUGUCUUUGAUUAAUGUCACUGCUGUUAAUACUAAUUUCUUUUUCAACUUUCAUUACUGUUAUUUCGUUGUCCACCCCUGAAUGGGCUCGAGGGGCAUUUUCCUAACACAUUUCACACCAAGUAAAAGUAAGAAUGAGACAGUAAACUGCCAUUUGUGGGCUGCUUUAAUCAAAGUAAAAAGCUACUCCCUCAUCUAGGUGGAUUAUACAUAAUAACUUUUGGAGUUCGAUUUUAACACGAUUUCACAUGGGCGCAGCCAUAUUUGAUUCUCGGCAAUAAUACAAGGUUCGAUUUCUGUAUCAAAUUAAAUAAUCAUUGAACAGGUUUUCGAUUACAACAUCACAAGAGAGAAUUCUUUGGUUUUUAUUUUGUAUACUAGCAGACCGACAGCAGUAACGAUUACACACGUUUGGAUAUAUUGAGCAUUUUUUCAGACCAUAGAGAAGCAUCAAGUACCUGUUCACUAGCCUUGUAAAAGAGGCGGAAGAGGGUUUCCUUCGGCUAAAACACGGGCUCCGGAAGUCAAAGAAAAAUUAGGUCAAGUUUGCUGACAGAGAAUUGAACUUGAGGUGCUGCAGCGUUUAACGAUGCCACCAGUGGUGCUUUAUUGGUGCUGUUGGAACUGGUGUUCUAGUGGUGACUCCAGCAAUGGUGCUUUAGAAUAUGCUGCCUGUUGGUAGUGGGUGUGAAGUGUUUGUCUGUGCCAUGAUCAAGAAUGGGUCGAGCUCCUUGGAAAAUUGCCCAUAUCAGACCACACCACCUGUUACUGGGGACUGUGUCUCUAGCCAUCUUCUCUUGGCUUCUUAUAAGUUGUUAUCUGGACUCGGCAUCCCACUGUGAGGGCUGGAUUUACCAAGAUUUUAUAUGUGACCAGUAUCAGAAAAUGACGGUUGGUGGAGAGCUAUGUAAAGAUCUUUGUGAAGAUGGCAAGCUGAAGAUGGGGACCUGUCAGCUAAAUUCUAAACAUGGUGCUAGUGUGGAAUUCAAAGUGGACAAGAAGGUGAUCAAGGUUAAGAGGGACACCUUCCUCAGCAUAGUGGGAGGAGUGCGAGACGGGGACACAUUCAACAUGCCCACCAAAGGAACAAGCAUGGAGAGUUUUCGCCUCAUGGUCAGUUCAUUAGUAGUCAGCAGACUGGGCGGUGAUGACCAUCUGGAGUUAGUGACCAGAAUACUGGACAGGGCAGAUGUUAAUAUGGAUGGGAAGGUGUCACUUGCAGAAGCCAAAAGUAUAUGGAGUCUUCUACAGAACAGCGAUUUCUUCAUUUCCUUCAUUUUUCAAAACACAGAAUUUGUGCCCAAAAUCCAGAAAUUCUGUGGCAAUAUAUUUGCUGUAGAAGAAGUUCCCCACACAUAUUUAUAUGACAAGGAUAACCCAUCAUAUCUGAGGUGGAUAUUUGCUAACUCAUAUCAGUGGCUACAACCAAGCUGGCACCAUCGGGCAAAAAUUGUUGUUGGUCUAUUGGAGUUCAUAAUGGCAGUAUACCAGUAUAGAAAUGCAGGGGAGUUUUAUAUCUGCCAUUUAGAUGAGUCAGUUGUGGGAUACACACGUCGCUAUGACAUGAGAUUUUUAGGAGUGUCCCAGUUGCUUCCAAAGCAGACAUUUAUGAAGGUGAUGCAGCUUCGCCAGUGUUUUUCAGACGAGGACUGUUUUUACUCAAAAACCUGCAGCUCAAAAUGUGACAUUUCACAGCACACUUGCUCAGGGAGUCUCAUCAAACCUAAUCUUUUUCAUGCCUGUCAGUUACUCAGAGAAUAUCUGUUGUAUGACUUAGUGGGUGGCGAGAGAGUGGAGCUCUCAGGGAUGCUGCGCACGUGUCGGGCUCUUGACAACAAUAAGACGUCUGCUGACUUAGAUCAUGCAGUGGUACUCAAUAAUAUGAAAACAUGGCUGUGGAACAAAAUACAGAACAAAGUUUCUUGAUAUUUUGUGGUGCUGAUUAUUCUCUGUGAGGACUUUUUUUUUUUAGAAUUUUAGGUGAUUUUCUAGUCACUGUUUAUUGUCUUCCAGUUUUGUUUCUUUUUAUGAUUUUUUAAAAUCAAAGACAUUUAAAGAAAUUAAUUUUAAACUUUACCUACACAUCUUAUAGUUUGAUUAUUGUAGUGACGCAAACAAUUUUUGAUUGUGAUAAACUAAUCAUAAAUUUGUGCCAUAGUGAUGACAUAUCUCAGUAAACAUGCUGAUUUGCAUGAUUAUCUAUAUUCAUGU